AUGGGCACAAAGGCAGAGGCGCUGUUUGAAGCCCGGCUCUGGGGCGAGGGGGGCGAGGGGGGGUCUGACCACACACUUGUACAGGAUCGCAGCUGCUUUCACAGACACACAACAGACGACCGAAGAGACACAACCACAAGACAACGGCUCCAGACGCAGCUGAGGCUCAAAACACUUUGUUCCUUUUCAAGUCAAAAGAUCAGAGAAAUGUUGGAAAGUAAAUAUCACACGCCACGCUCCAACUGCACACGCCACGCUCCAACUGCACACGCCACGCUCCAACUGCACACGCCACGCUCCAACUGCACACGCCACGCUCCAACUGCACACGCCACGCUCCAACUGCACACGCCACGCUCCAACUGCACACGCCACGCUCCAACUGCACACGCCACGCUCCAACUGCACACGCCAAGCUUCAACUGCACACGCCACGCUCCAACUGCACACGCCACGCUCAAACUGCACACGCCACGCUCCAACUGCACACGCCACGCUCCAACUGCACACGCCACGCUCCAACUGCACACGCCACGCUCCAACUGCACACGCCACGCUCAAACUGCACACGCCACGCUCAAACUGCACACGCCACGCUCCAACUGCACACGCCACGCUCAAACGGCACACGCCACGCUCCAACUGCACACGCCACGCUCCAACUGCACACGCCACGCUCAAACUGCACACGCCACGCUCAAACUGCACACGCCACGCUCAAACUGCACACGCCACGCUCCAACUGCACACGCCACGCUCAAACUGCACACGCCACGCUCAAACUGCACACGCCACGCUCAAACUGCACACGCCACGCUCCAACUGCACACGCCACGCUCAAACGGCACACGCCACGCUCCAACUGCACACGCCACGCUCAAACUGCACACGCCACGCUCAAACUGCACACGCCACGCUCAAACUGCACACGCCACGCUCAAACUGCACACGCCACGCUCAAACUGCACACGCCACGCUCCAACUGCACACGCCACGCUCAAACGGCACACGGACCAGAAGGAAAAGACUGAGAUGGAAACGAAAUGUGUUUAA